AUGGGGGCGCUUCCCUCUUCUGCGUACGGGCACUCCUCCUCGCCCUCCUGCCGCGUCGGAGAGGCCCUCCACUCCGGGCGCUUUCCCCCCCUCAGGGGCGAAGGCCUGGGCGGUUUGCUGUCGCUGCGGCGCAGCAGUUUGCUGCUGCUGCUGCUAACGGCAGCGCCAGCGCGAACGCCGGCGCACUCGCCGCGCCCAACGGCGUCAGCAGCAGCAGCAGCAGCAGCAGCAGCACUGCCAGCAGCAGCAGCAGCAGCAGCAGCAGCAGCAGCAGGCUUCCGUGCUUUGACGCCUGCCAGAACUGUCGCCGCAAUUUAUUUUGUCCUCGGAGGCUCUCCUGCUGCUGCUGCUGCUGCUGCCGCUGCUGCUGCUGCUGCUGCUGCUGCUGCUGCUGCUGCGCAGCGGCUGGCUGCGUCUUCGGAAGUGUGCGGAUUGGCGCUUGACGCUCUUUAUUUCCUGAAGGAAUGCGACUCAGUGACGGGGGAGCUGCAGCGGCUGCUGGGCGCCGGCGGGCUGCGAUCUUUGAACAACUUUUUGUCUUUUUCUCUCGGAAAACAAACUAAAAGUGAAAUAAGUGCCAUUUCGCCUUACAAAGGGCCUGCUGCUGCUGCUGCAGCAGCAGCAGCAGCAGCAGGGCCCCAGGCGUGCCCGGGCUGCGCUGCUUCCAGCAGCAGCAGGAAGGAAGCGCUGGAGGAAGCUGCUGUUGCUUGCUACAAGCUGGAGGGUCUUUGUGUCUACUUGGAAGUGCAUGCAGAAGAGAUUCGAGCUGCUGCAGCGCUGCAUGCAGCAGCAGCAAGAGCCACAACAGCCCCCGCAGCGCGCCCCCGUGUCGCAGCAGCAGCAGCAGCAGCAGCAACCGCAGCAGCAGCGCCGAGAGCUGCAGCAGCAAUAGGCCCCAAGCUUGGCUCGCAGCAAAGAGCAGUCAGCGUGAAGAUCCCCCUAGCAGUUCCACGUGUUGCAGCUCCCGGCAGCAGCAGCAGCAGCAGCAGCAGCAACACCAAUAGCAGCAGCAGCAGCAGCAGCAGACAGGGCCUGCGCGUAAGGAGAGCAGAAACGGAAGUUGUGAGGGGAGGCCUUUUUAAAGAGCUCUCGCGGGGAGAGCCAAGCAGCAGCAGCACGCGCAGGUCUGCUGCUGCUGCUGCUGCUGAGCAGCAACAGCAGCAGCUGAUGCAGCAGCAGCUGAUGCAGCAGCAGCUGAUGCACCAGCAGCAGCUGCAGCAGCAAAGCUUGUCAGGCGCCCUGCUGCUGCCCGCGCCCUCUCUCCGCCGCGGCGGAGACGCAGGGUGA